AUGAAAAUUACUCGAGCUGAGAAUUGUAAAGUCGAUGCCUUGUCAAGAUUGGUGUUCAUGGGGAUAGAUGGGCUUGACAGGACAGUCCACGUUAGAAUUGUAACCAAGCCAAGCAUCAAUCAAAUCGUAGGCAUCAUGGAUAUUGAUAAUGAGCCAUCGUGGAUGGAUCCGAUAGUGGAUUUCAUAAAACAUGGCAAUCUUCCAGAAGAUCCUCGAGCAGCAAGAAGCAUCUGGUCCAAAGCUCCAAGGUAUUGCAUGAUUGAAGGAGUGUUAUUUCGCCGAAGCCUCACACUUCCAUAUCUCAGAUGCCUUAAGCCUUCCGAAUCAUCCCAAGCCCAAGAAGAAGUUCAUGAAGGAAUAUGUGGGAACCAUCAAGGAGCUCGGGCAUUAGCCUUCAAGCUCAUAAGGUAUGGAUAUUAUUGGCCUCUCAUGAAGAAAGACGCCCAAGAAUUUGUCAAGUGUGACGAGUGCCAGAGAUUCGCAAGGGGACAAUUGAAAUUUGUAACUGUAGAAUAUUUCACUAAGUGGGUGGAGGCCGAGCCUUUAGCAACAAUUUCAGAGCCUAAGUUGAGAACUUUCAUUUGGAGGUCCAUCAUAUGUAAGUUCGGGAUACCGAAAGUCCUCAUAACUGAUAAUGGCAAACAGUUUGACAAUGCACAAUUUAAAAACUUCUGCUCCAACCUAGGGGUUGAUCACCGUUUGACAUCGGUUUUCCAUCCUCAAAGUAAUGGUCUUGCCCAAGCAACCAAUCGAAUUAUAUUGCAAGGCCUCCAUACUAGGAUCGGAGAUGCAAGAGGUUCCUGGUCUGACAAGUUACCUUCCAUACUUUGGACAUAUAGAACGUCCCAUAGAAUUGCUACGGGGGAAACCCUCUUCAUGUUAGCUUUCGAUAUCGAGGCCACCAUCCUUGUUGAAGUCAGGUUGCCCAGCCAAAGAAGGCUUGAGCUUGAAGGUGCAGGAUGCACCACUGAACACCUCGACCUCUUAGAAGAAGUUCGUGAUCAGGCAACUUUAAGAAUGGCCUCUUACCAAGAUAACACAUCAAAGUAUUUCAAUAAAAAAGUGAGGACGUGGAGAUUCAGAGCCGAAGACCUUGUGUUAAGAAGGGCCGAAGUAGCAGGUCAUGCUCCCGGCAAGCUCGGACCAGUCUGGGAAGGACCCUUCGAAGUCAUACGACAGCUUCAAGGAGGAGCAUACAAUUAA